CUAUGUGUGUAUCGAUAUAUUCGGCAUUGCUAUUAGAAUAUUGUUUUUUGACCAAAACGACAUUUUAAAGUGGUAUUGUUUAAUAAAAAUGAAUACGAAUUUGGAAGGCAAUAAAGGAAAAGUGAUUCCCGCAUCCAAGCGGCCAGAUGGCACUUGGCGCAAGGCACGACGAGUGAAAGACGGAUACGUACCCCAAGAAGAAGUGCCGCUGUACGAAAGCAAGGGCAAACAAUUUAUUGCCCAGAGACAAACGGGCGUCCCGCCAGGCAUGUGCCCAAUUUUAGCCGCGGAGAUGAAAAAGGUGCGCGAAAAGAAGGAGAAGGCUAUCGAGAAAAAAGUGGAGAAGCAACAAUUAACUAAAGUUGCUGCCAAACAAACGACAAACGCUAAGCCGCCCAACUCUACGAAUAAUGAAUCUCCAAAGGAUCCGGAAAUAUCUAAAUUAACGAAAACUUUAGAUAAGAAACUUACGCUUGCCGAAGACCCUGAGGUGGAUUUAGCGAAACAAAUCAAAAAAUUGAAAAAGAAAAUCAGAGAAAUUGAGCAAAUAGAGAGUAAAAUUCAAUCAGGCGAUUCCAACAAACUCGACAAAGAUCAAAUGGAAAAGGUUAAAAAGAAGCCGCAAAUCUUAAAUCAACUCAAAGCACUUGAGGAGAGUUCUAUUGCCAUACAACAUACAUAGUUCGCAUUGUCUGUCUCGUGUCUGUUAAAUAGUUUUAAUAAUUGUAAUUUAACAGUAAUCUACUAUAUGCAGCAUACAUCUGUUUUAAAAAUGUGUGUGUAUUCGUUUGAACUGUUCAAUUUUUUGAUACGAUUAGC